UAUAUCAGCUCAAACAGUUUCGUCUGUAUGUAGUGUGGUGGAACGUUGUUUAGGAGAAUUCACAGAAACAAGCAACAAUGCAUUGGAGUGGAGUUGCCAUCAUCGCACUAUUGCUACCUUACGGGGUUCUAGCAAUUGCUCUCCGGGAGCCACUUGUGGACACAGAUGUCAUUAUUGAUGGCACUGCUACCCUCCUGGCCACGGUGACAGACAACCCAAAUAAAUUUCCUAUUUCGUGGAGACGCCAAGACACACAGGAAGUGCUGACACUGGGAGAGUUUGUUUUUUCGACCCAACUGUACAUCCGAGAUCGAUACGACAUCCAGGUGUCUGGUGAAACAUACAUCCUGGUGAUUUCAAAUGUCGAAUUAAGAGAUGAGGGCAUCUUUGAGAUUGGUUUCAUACGUAAUACUCAAUUCGUGCUCCUUUCUUCUACUACAAUGAGUGUAUUAAUCCCACCAAAUCUUGGUUUUCCGGUGUGUAAUGUUAGUCCUGGUGGAACAGAAUAUCUCGUAGGACAAUCACUGACGUUGAGCUGUGAAUCUAAAGGAGGGAAACCCGUGCCCGACAUUGUUUGGUUCCGAAAUAGUAUUGAAUUAAAAAGAACCAGCUUAAGUAACAUUUUAAACCAUGAAGUAACACUAGAAACGUCUGAUGCUGGAGUAGUGUUUGAAUGCCGUCUGGCUGGUCCUGCUGUCAAAGAAACAUUAAGUUGCCAAACAAGACUUACGGUUGCAACCCCAACAGUAAGUCUGAGUCCGUCUGUUGUACAGGUUGAUGAAGGAAGCGAUGCUGUUUUCAACUGCGUUGGAGAAGGUGUUCUCUCCCCUGCGUACGUUUGGUCAAUUCCAACAGAUAUACCAAGCUCUCGUUAUGCAAUUGAAAACUCUAAUCGUCGGUUUACUCUCCUAAAGACUACGAUAGCAGACAACAAUGCGGUCAUACGGUGUGAAAUAACAAGUUCCGGAAAAAUAGUGGCUGGGAGGAGCGCAACACUUGUGAUUCGACCAGGACCAACUACAAAGCAACCGACAGUUGCUGCGACAACUAUGGGAACAACGACAGCUUCCACGACAAUAAGACCAACGACAAUACCUGCCACUACAAAAUUCCACACACCACAUGUAACAACACAGCUGCAGCAAACAUCUCCAGUUAAAAUUACCACGGCAGAUUCUGCAUCUACAAUAUCGAUAACCAUGAACCAAAUACUAGACAAGACAACAAAAUACACCGUGAUAAAAAGACAAACAACUUUAAGGAAGAUAGAAACGGCACCUCCUAAAACUUCUGAAAUUCCCGUCAGUUCGGAACUUCACACAACCUCGCAAAACGUUGUCACACGGUACAUAACAGAACCACAGGAUAUAUUUAUUACAACACCACUAAUUGACAGUACAGGAAAGAUAGAACCAACAAGUUUUACAACAGAAAAAAUGCAAAAAGCUGUUCCAAAACAAGAAAGUGACAGACGAAAUAGUCAACAUCUGGGAAUAAUUUUCGCUGCUGCAACUGCAAUGAUUCUUGUGCUGACUAUCGUGGUAUUUGCAGCUUUUUGUUUGGUUAUUUGCAAACCGCGUGCAAAGAAAAACUCAUUUAACGUGAGUAACAAUGCCUCUUCCUUGGCAGGAAGUGCUACAACACCUCCUUACGAUAGCGGCGUCUUUCGCCGUCAGUCUUCAUACUACACCGAUUGUGAGUUAAGAGAUUCUGUCAGCCAACGUGAAAGUCAAGCCAGUGCGACUGAAUCUGCGGCUGCAGUCACGAAUAUUACCUCUCCAGAAGACUUUUAUACAAUGCCGGCAAAACUUGGCAAGCCUUCGGUCAAGCUUUACCACAAAGCGUCAAGCUCCCACCCAGACUUCAGUACAUUUCGCCUUGUUGACGACAGUUUGUACCAUAACCUGAGUGCAAACUCGCUCGGCAAACGACCACGACCAGUGCCUGCACCUAAACCACCUAAGUCUUAUGCUAAAUAUGAAAACGUGUACCGAAACAACACGGGCCAAGAAGUGUUAGAGGCUGAAGAGGUUACGCCCUUACAAAGUUAUUCUGUGCCUCUCCAGAGCUCUGCUAUUUAUGAAAAUGGAAGAGACCUUCAAAAUUCUGCACUAUUGGGUAAUGACGCGCCUGCAUCCACAUCACCUGCUCCUAAAAAACCUAGUCCUGUGCCCUCGCCGCGUAACACGUCCGCCGAGUACACAUAUGAGGACGUGAUGAAGAUCGCAGACACGUUGUUACAUGAUUUGGAACAGAUAUCCUAGUGUAGACUUUCAUAAUUAAUUUAGGGGUAAUUGGUUUAAUGUCGACGGAUAUGAAUGAUAAAUAGACAGGUCAUCCACAGUUAUCACAAUAUAUUCUGAGAAUAUAGGGGUUUUCUAAGACAGUCAUUGAUUAUCCUUAUUGAAGAAAUUAACGUUUGCCUAUAUUACCAUGCCUUAAAUUAUUUUGUAUUACGACCUAACACAUGAAAAUAAUAUUUAGUUGAUACUUAUAAUAUUCUUCGGUAAACUGGAAAUGUUAUGAGUAUGUUUCUGCUGCCAAGAAAAACAAAGUUUAUUAAAUGCAUGUUAAAUAAUUGUUAAUGUAACCGCUAUUUUACUGGCAGCGGAAACGGUUUUAACCCAUACCCAAAGAGGUUAAAAUGUGAUCUUAACAUGCGUUCCGAAGGAAAUGUGACUGACGUGAUGCAUUAUUUAAAAAUAUAUUUGUAUUUAGUGUUCUCAUUAUUUUCGUAUAUAACUUUAUGUUCAUAAACAUUAGUACGAUAUGUUAAUUACAGAACAAAAGAAAAAUGUCAGUAAUUAUUAUAUUUAAGUUGAUUGAAAAUUACUUAUAACUAGUAAAUGGUGUUAGUUUCGUGGUGGUACGGUAGGGUGUGUCGGAGAGUCUGUGUAUUAAGAGUAAUCGGUUAUAUUUGUUCACGAGCACUAGAUAAGUCGGAAGGUGCGUUAGUGGACGGCGGCAGGCGUGUGUUGGUCUGUUGAAGGCAAUGGAUGUGCUGUUGGUCGCCAAUGGAUAUGUGUUUUACUAGUUAGUAUCUACAAUGAAUCAAUAUUAAAUGUUGAUAUAGAGUGUCGUAGCAGGUAGAAAACAAAAAAAAACUUUGUGUGAAGGCUCAACUAUUUAAAUUAUUUAUUUUGUUUAUUCAACAUUUUAUAAUGUGCAUAAAACAGAAACAAAUGUAAAUAUGCAAUAUAGCAAAAUGUAAAAAUAAAUAAUACAUCAAGCUGUUAGUUUUAAAUGUUUUGAUGUAACAAAAAUUGCCCGUAAUCCAAGAAUUUAUAGGCAAUUCAUUGUUCUUAAAUUACAUACGUCAUCAAUCAACACUGCUAAUUGGUCAUAUGUAACUUAUUCGGUCAAACAGAGAGAAUUGUGUCAAGUGCUAAAUGGUAAUAAUGCAAACUCGUGACCUAUACUCGACUCUUAUCUCACAAAUAAUUUCACGAAAACAUGGAUAAACAUUUUUUACCAUAAAAUAACUCAUUGAAUAUUUGCUUGCUUUCAUUGCGUUGAAAACGACCGCAGGAACGGUUGGAAUUAUCGUCGUUGAAUAAAUUAUGUAAUCCUUUAAA